AUGGCCCUGGGCGCUUCGACUCUGCCCUCCAGGAGCUCGGGGUCCGGUGGGUAUGGGGUUGGGAAGACAGGUGAUCCCCGGAACAGAAAAUGUGAUGAUGAUGAAGGGCCCGGGACGGAGAGGGGAGCAGGUCACGGGCGGGCGGGCAAGAGCAGGUGCUCCUCGAGGCCAGGCUCCUUCCUCCGGGUAGACGGAGCGCGGCCUGCAGCUGCUGCUCGGGGGCAGGACCUGAACGCGCCCCCGGCGGACCCGCCGCCUCGCUCGGUGCAGAGCAGGCAGAGGGAGCAAUGUCCCCACGGCAGGGGCAGGGCAGAGCCCAGCUCGUGGAACUUCUGCCCCCGAGGUCACCCAGGACCACCAGGGCCACAGGGCCCUAUUGGACCGCUGGGACCUCCAGGACCCACUGGAAUCCCAGGAGCGAAAGGGAUGAGAGGGGACAGUGGCCCUCCCGGAGCAGCAGGCGAUAGAGGAGAUAAGGGUCCCACUGGUGUUCCUGGAUUUCCAGGUUUGGAUGGUAUACCUGGGCACCCAGGGCCUCCUGGAUUCAGAGGCAAACCUGGCAAGGAUGGCUGCAAUGGCUCAAGAGGUGAUCCAGGGUUUCCAGGAGAAAGAGGAGCUCCUGGUCUCGAAGGCCCCCCAGGCCUUCCUGGGGAAAAAGGAGAGAAAGGAAAUUCACUGUUCAUUUUCGGUGGCAUUAAAGGUAUUCAGGGUGACAGAGGAGACCCAGGACCUCCCGGCUUACCAGGAUCAAGGGGUGGUAGAGGACCGGCAGGCCCAAUGGGAUACCCAGGAGAGCCGGGGUUACCGGGACCUUGGGGCCAUCCUGGGAGCCCGGGUGUGAAGGGCAGUCCUGGCGUGGGAGUCAAGGGGCAGAUGGGAGACCCGGGCGAGGUUGGCCAGCAAGGUUUUCCUGGGCCGACCCUGCUGAUACAGCCACCGGAUUCUUGUCUCCUUAAAGGACAAAAGGGUGUAAAAGGAAUACCUGGAAUGAUUGGACCUCCGGGACCUCCAGGACACAAGGGAGAACCUGGCAUUGGGGAAAAGGGAGAGAAAGGCAUUCCUGGCUUCCCGGGUCCCCGGGGUGACCCUGGCUCCCAUGGAUCUCCAGGUUUUCCGGGAUUAAAGGGGGAACAAGGACCGUUUGGAGCUCCUGGGCCAUUUGGAUUUCCUGGCCAGAAGGGAGAUCCCGGAGACCGUGGGUACCCAGGACCACCAGGGGUGUUGACAACUCCACCUCUCCCAUUCAAAGGCCCUCCGGGGGACCCGGGCCUGCCUGGCCGCUCCGGAGAAGUGGGGGAUGUCGGACUCCCUGGUCUCCCCGGCCCCCCAGGUUGGCCAGGGGAAGCCUGUCCAGGCAUGAUGGGGCUCCCUGGGCCGCCAGGGCCUCCGGGCCACCCGGGAGCUCCAGGGGCAGCCGGCGCUCCUGCGAGACCUGAUUCCGCUCCAGGAAAACCAGGGCACCCGGGACCGCCCGGGCUGCCUGGAGCACCAGGACGUCAGGGACCUCCGGGGUCAGAUGUUAUAUAUUGUAGAGUUGGACACCCUGGGCCGCAAGGAGUAAAAGGCAAAAUGGGUCCUCCGGGAAGAAGAGGCUCCAAAGGAGAAAAAGGAAAUGCGGGGCUCUGUGCCUGUAAGCCUUGCCCCAUGGGCUCACCGGGCCCUCCAGGGCUUCCUGGGAGGCAGGGUAGUAAGGGAGACUUGGGGAUUCCUGGGUGGCCUGGAGAAAAAGGUCACCCGGGCCCUCCUGGUGCUGAAGGAUCUCCAGGGCCACCGGGAAAACCUGGUCCCCCAGGACCACCUGGCAGCAAAGGAGAAAAGGGAGACAUGGCUGUAUCAAGAGUGAAAGGGCGCAAAGGAGAAAGAGGUCCCGAUGGGCCCCCAGGAUUUCCAGGGCAGCAGGGAAAACAUGGCUGGGAUGGACGUGCUGGAGCAAGAGGGGAUCCAGGACCCCCAGGGGAUCAUGAAGAUGCAGGCCCAGGUGACCGAGGAUUUCCUGGAUGGCCCGGACCCCCGGGCAGAGAAGGACCUGGGGGGCCUCCAGGACUGGGAUUUCCUGGUCCACCGGGACAAAGAGGGCAACCAGGAGCCCCAGGCCGCCCAGGCGAGAGGGGCCCUCAUGGCGCAAAGGGUCUGAAAGGUGAUACAAUAUCUUGUAACGUCAGCUACCCUGGGAUGCCAGGCCCUCCGGGUUUUGAUGGACCUCCAGGUCCAAAGGGAUUUCCCGGUCCUCAGGGUCCUCCUGGGCUCAAGUGUUUCGAUGGGCAGAAAGGUCAGCCUGGCAAACCAGGAAUAUCAAAAAUACCUGGUCCACCUGGUCUUCGUGGUGACAUGGGAGAUCCAGGCUCUGUAGGUGAAAGAGGCUCCUCUCCUGCUGGGCCCCCAGGCUCUCCCGGUGCCCCUGGAGCAGGUGGUCAGAAGGGAAUCCCCGGAGACCCUGCUUAUGGCCACCCAGGACCCCCGGGAAGGAGGGGCCUUCAGGGAAUGCCAGGGUUGAAAGGACUCAGAGGCGACCCAGGAUAUCCUGGGCCUGCAGGGCCAGCGGGCACGCCCGGAUUGCCGGGUCUCAAAGGUCCGAAAGGCAAAGAGGGAAGUGCUGGGUUUCCAGGUGUCCCGGGGCCACCCGGCCAUUCCUGCGAAAGAGGCGCCCCCGGCUUACCGGGCCGUCCGGGGCUCCCCGGGGCUCCAGGCAGCCCAGGUGACCCUGGUUGGAAAGGACAGCGAGGAGAUGCGGGGCCUCCUGGACCAGCUGGAAUGAAGGGCCUCCCAGGAGUCCCAGGAAAUCCAGCGCCAGAUGGACCCCCAGGACCCCCAGGAAUCCCAGGUCCCCGUGGCGAUGAUGGACUGCCUGGUCUGCCAGGUCCCAAGGGACCCCAGGGGCUGCCUGGCUUGCCGGGUUUUCCUGGAGAGAGAGGAAAGCCUGGCCCCGAGGGCCUCCCUGGCAGAAAGGGCGAAGUCGGAGAGAAGGGCUGGCCUGGCUUCCUGGGCGACCAGGGACAGAGCGGCGGCAAAGGACAGAGAGGACGCCCAGGAGAUGCAGGGGAAAUGGCGAUAAUCUCCAAGAAGGGGAAAACCGGGGAGCCCGGGCCUCCUGGCGACGAUGGAGUCCCCGGGGAAGAAGGUGACAAAGGCCAUCCUGGGAUGCCGGGCAGAAAAGGAGAUCCAGGAAGACCCGGGCCACCGGGGAUUCACAGAGGAGAGCCCGGUGGACGUGGGCUGCCUGGGCUUCCCGGCCCCCCGGGCCCUCCAGGCCCACCUGGACACAGGGGGAUCAUUGGUUUCCCGGGAUUUCCAGGUGACCAGGGUGAGCUGGGUUUUCCAGGGCCCCCCGGCCUUUCAGGAAUUGAUGGAACAAGAGGACCUAAAGGAAGCAAAGGUGACCCUGCAAGUCAGUUUGGCCCACCUGGUCCAAAGGGUGAGCCAGGUAGCCCUGGAUGUCCAGGGCACCUUGGACCCCCCGGGGACAAGGGCUUGCCUGGUGCUGAAGGGCCCAGAGGACCACCGGGGAGGCCAGGAGCGCCCGGCGCCUCCGGACCGCCAGGCUGUCCAGGUAAUCAAGGGAAGCCUGGGCCCAUGGGACAUCCAGGAGAAAUGGGGGACCCUGGACCAAGAGGCCUCAUGGGGUACCCAGGGGUACCAGGUCUUCCGGGAAUAAAAGGUCCCCCCGGGUUACCCGGCCUGAAUGGCUUGCAUGGCUUAAAAGGUCAGAAAGGAGCCAAAGGAGCUUCAGGUUUGAGUGAAAUGGGCCCACCUGGUCCAAUGGGAAUGCCUGGGCCGAAAGGGGAGACCGGCGACCCUGGGAGCCCAGGAAUCUCUCCUCCAGGCCUCUUUGGAGAAAAAGGCCCCCCAGGCCCUCCAGGGAGACCUGGGCCACCUGGACCUGCAGGUGCCACUGGAAGAACUCCAAAGGCUGACACUCCUGACCCGGGUCCACCUGGAGAUCCAGGACCCCCUGGCCCUGAUGGUCCCAGAGGACCGCCUGGGCCUCCAGGGGCCCCUGGGAGCGUUGACCUCCUGCGAGGGGAUCCAGGUGACUGUGGUCUGCCAGGGCCUCCAGGCCCCCCGGGCCUGCCAGGCCCCCCAGGACGCAAAGGCUUCCCAGGAUGCGAUGGACACGAUGGCCCGAAAGGACCAGUGGGAUUCCCGGGGCCGCAGGGGCCACACGGAUUUCCCGGGUCACCUGGAGAGAAGGGCUGCCCAGGCCCUCCCGGCAGAAAAGGCCCCCCAGGGCCUCCAGGUUACAGAGGUAAGCCGGGGCCACCUGCGGAUUUGGAUGCCUGCCCCCGAAUCCCAGGGCUUCCUGGGGUACCAGGCCCAAGAGGACCAGAAGGAGCCAUGGGGCUCCCCGGGAUGAGAGGCCCUCCAGGAGCAGGGUGCAAGGGACAGCCCGGGCUGGACGGCAGGAGGGGUGAGGAUGGCAUCCCAGGGCCGCCUGGGCCUCCGGGACACAGAGGUGACAUGGGAGAAGCCGGCUGCCCUGGAGCACCAGGCCCUCCUGGGCCCAUUGGGGAUCCUGGGCCCAAAGGGUUCGGCCCUGGAUACCUCAGCGGCUUCCUCCUGGUUCUCCACAGUCAGACGGACGGAGAGCCCACCUGCCCCAUGGGCAUGCCCAGGCUCUGGACGGGCUACAGUCUGCUCUACCUGGAAGGACAGGAGAGGGCUCACAGUCAGGACCUGGGUCUGGCGGGGUCUUGCCUCCCGGUGUUCAGCACACUGCCCUUCGCCUACUGCAACAUCCACCAAGUCUGCCACUACGCCCGGAGAAACGACAGGUCCUACUGGCUGGCCAGCGCCGCGCCCCUGCCCAUGUCGCCGCUGGCCGGGGAGGACAUCCGCCCCUACAUCAGCCGCUGCGCCGUGUGCGAGGCCCCGGCGCAGGCGGUGGCGCUGCACAGCCAGGACCAGGCCAUCCCGCCGUGUCCGCGCGCCUGGCGCAGCCUCUGGAUCGGGUACUCCUUCCUCAUGCACACAGGCGCUGGGGACCAAGGAGGAGGGCAGGCGCUCACGUCACCUGGCAGCUGCCUGGAAGAUUUCCGAGCCGCUCCAUUCCUCGAAUGCCAAGGCCGGCUGGGAACGUGCCACUUCUUUGCAAACAAGUACAGCUUCUGGCUGACGGCGGUCAAACCACACUUGCAGUUUUCCGCGGCACCAUCACCAGAAACCUUGAAGGACAGCCAGGCCCAGCGCGAGAAGAUCAGCAGGUGCCAGGUCUGCAUGAAGGUCGGCUAG